UUUAUUGUUUACGGCAGACGACCGUUGCGGAGCGUCGGGCAGUGGAGGCCGCGCGGCGUGAGGGGGUCAUGAGUGGUUGAAGACGGUACUGUUUGUAAUUAUUUGUACUUUAGAAUUGAGGGCUUCAGCAACUAUCGUGAGGCAAAUAUUUUCAAGUUAUAAUUGUUGGAAGUUCGUCCUGUGUGCUCAAAAGACCAGCAGCAACACUUCACAUGUAAUCGGGCAGCGCGUGGCCUGGGCGCUGCGGCUUGUGCAGGCGGUGUUUGUCGGCCACCACCACGCGGUCCGGCUGCAAGUUCGUAAACAGUCUGGAUGGCAGGUCCAUCAGGUUUUUCUGCAGAGACAUCAUACAAUGCACCCAAGGACAUGGAUAUGGACCUCAUUGAUAUUGAAUUUGUUGAUGAGCCAUCAGGUUUUGCUGAUCACCAAUAUACAAUGGCACACUCCACCCCUGUCCAGCAGGCCCAUACCUUGACCACCAACCCCAAGAAUGUCAAACGCAGACUAAAUCUUGAUUUACCUCAGUCCAAUCAUGUAUUUAAAACACCCAAUAAGACUCCGAGGCACAAACGAGCACGAACCUUCUCUGGAGAUUGUCCUUCACCCAGCCCAUCAAAAGCAGUUGCUGCUCCCUGUUUUUCGCCUUCCACUGAAAAAUCACGCUAUGACACAUCACUAGGUCUGCUGACAAAGAAAUUUGUCCAAAUUCUACACAAUGCUGAGGAUGGUGUGGUGGAUUUGAAUCAUGCCACCAUAGUGCUUCAGGUCCAGAAACGACGGCUGUACGACAUCACCAACGUGCUGGAGGGCAUCGGACUGAUCGAGAAGGAGUCCAAGAACAAGAUCCGUCUGACGGCGGACUCGGCGGACCUGGAGGAGCUGCGCGCGCCGGGCGGCGUUGGCGCCACCGCGUCCGCCGCGCAGCUGCAGCGGCUGGAGCGGCAGGAGCAGCGGCUCGACCGGCUCAUCGAGGACGCAGGCCUUCAGCUGCGCUGGCUCAACGACGACCGGCGCGCCGCCUACAUCCGGUACCAGGACCUGCGCGGCAUCCCCCAGUUCCAGGAUGACACGGUGGUGGCCAUCAAGGCGCCACCCGAGACCAAGCUGCGCGUGCCCGACCCGGCGGAGGACGGUGCGUACCAGAUCCACCUGCGCUCGGAGACGGACGAGAUCCAGCUGUUCCUGUGCCAGGACGACUCGACGGCCGCCUCGGACGCCGACGACUCGAUGCUGCUCUCGAGCAGUUACUGCUCGCAACCUGACGCUGUCGCGCUCAAGGCUGGAGACCAGUCCAUGGAGCAGAGCGACGCCCUUCCGUUCUUCGGUGACAUGGACCUGGAGUCGUCGUGGGGUGACGACUCCUUCCUGCCGCUGGAGCCGCUGCCGUCCGAGACGGACUACAGCUUCGGCCUGGACAUGUCGGAGGGCGCUUGCGACCUGUUCGACUUCUCGUUUUGAUGACCGGCCGGUCGGCCGCGCCGCCGCCGCCGCCUGGCGCUGAACUAGUUGAUUUGUGGUCGCGGCGUGCGGGUCGUGUCUGACCGCGUGGCGGCCUCGUGCCGCCUUGUUUUAAGGACUGGCCUGUGGGGUGGGCGCCCCCCCCCCCCCCCCCUCAACGUCCUGACGUGGCCAGCGUUGCCAACGUCCUGAGUCAUUUUAGAGCGAUUGUUUGGUGUUUUAAUAGUUGCGCACUGCUGAGUGGAGGUCCACGUCUGGCUGAGCGUGCAGAGACGCCGGACCGCAGAGAACAUAUCGCGCGCGCCGCUAGCUCAGUGUGUAGACGAUCCUGUUGACGCCACGCCGUGAUUGUGAUCAUGUGGCAUUAUGCGGACGGGGUCCGGGCUGGCGCGCGGUCCAAUGCGGUUUUAAAGUUCGGCGCGGUCGGGUUCUGGUGGGGUGGGGGUUUCGGUGACUGGCAUGUCUGACCGGCACACAUGGUCUCAGCGUCGCCUUGUCCGUCGUCGAACGGCGCAUGGCUCCGCGCAGAAAUUCAGUCGUCUGUCGCAAGCUAAUUGAGAGUGACGAAACCUGCAGGUACAAAUUGAAUUGUUGCCGUCAUUGACGCGGACGGCUCGUCGGCCACCAGCUAUGUUGAUUUGGUGUACGUAUUCAACGAAAUAGUCGACGGGCAUCCAUUCCUUUUCCGAGUCGCACUUUGAUUUCGCCUGGUGGUGAGGGCCCCAAUGGUCAGUGGCAUAGGAACACGUGACAAACGUGGCAUUACCCUAUCGCGUGACGCUGGUGUGGAAUUGAAAUGAUGCGGUCCUGUCCUGCCCGCCCAAACGUUUCGAAGUGUUCUACGUCACUGCCAAUGGGUUACGUUUUACGGAGGCGGGCGACGUGGCACGUCGGUGCGCUGGCCGAUCGGUACCGCAUGUAAAAUACUGCUUUUGGUACGCAUGGAGCGCAGAGUGGCACACGCUGCUGCCGCGAUCCCUCGAAGGGGAGGUUUUUCUGUCAAGUCAUAGAGAGUCGGCGACUGCCAACUGGUGCUGCUUUCGCCCCGGCACUUGUGGGAAGUGCGAGGCGUUUUUAAUGAGAACUUUUUUGCAGAUGGCUCACCUGUUUUGCAGAUUUCUUAUCAGUCGUUUUGUAUGGAGUUUUCUGCCAGCUGCUGCGUUUCUCGUAGGCUUAAAAGUUUCCCUUGUAGACAAGCUUUAAGCGUAUAUUUAUAUAUUUAUUUCUUUUGUUGCCUUUUGUUUGGAAGAUCGCAUGCUUGGAACUGUCUUGAUGCUGCGGAUGAAAUAAACCGGGUGGCCGUCA